AUGAUGUCGAAGCUCUUCACCCCUUUGCAGGUUGGAUUCUGCCAACUUGAGCACCGAGUCAUCAUGGCCCCGCUGACUCGCUUCCGUGCGGACGAUGACAAUGUCCCUCUUCCGAUUGCCAAAGAGUACUAUUCUCAGCGCGCCUCCGUUCCCGGAACGUUGAUCAUUGCCGAAGCCACAUACAUCUCCCCUGGGGCAGGUGGUUACCCAAAUGUGCCCGGGAUCUGGUCCGCUGAACAGAUAACCCGGUGGAAGGAGAUCACCGAUGCGGUGCACGCUCAAGGCUCCUACAUCUUUCUCCAGCUAUGGGCCCUAGGUCGGGUAGGCGAUGCAGAUGCACUCAAGCAGGAUGGGUUCGACCAUAUCUCUAGCAGUGCUGUACCUGUGGAUGCGGGGGAGCCGGUCCCACGAGCUAUGACUGAAGAGGAGAUUCAGCAGUACAUCGCCUUGUAUGCCCAGGCGGCACGGAAUGCAAUCAUGGCUGGUUUUGAUGGCGUUGAGCUGCACGGAGGGAACGGUUAUCUGGUCGACCAAUUCACACAAGAUACUUGCAACCGCCGGACCGAUUCCUGGGGUGGAAGCAUCCCGAACCGAUCUCGCUUCGCAGUCGAGGUGACCAGGGCCAUGGUUCAAGCUGUCGGGAGUGAGCGGGUGGCAGUCAAGCUAACUCCGUGGAAUGAUCAGCAAGGCAUGAAAAUGGAAGGUAUGGAACAGCAGUUCCUGCACUUGAUUACCAACCUGAAGGAGCUAAAGUUGGCCUAUCUUCAUUUGACCAACCCUCGUGUUUCGGUUGAUGAGGAUGAGCCCCUGCAGGGCCCCACUGACGGCCAUUCGCUUGAGGACAAUGCGAGUUUUGUGAAAGCCUGGGGCGAAACCAGCCCGGUGUUUCUGGGUGGAGGCUAUACAACCCAAUCGGCCAAGCACACAUUGGAUGUCGACUAUCCUUUACACGAGAUCGGCGCAGUCUUUGGACGACUAUUCAUCUCAAAUCCUGAUCUGCCGCUGCGUUUGAAAGAUGGCCUUCCAUUUACCCCCUAUGACCGAGACACCUUCUAUACUCCACUGUCCCCAAUCGGAUAUUCGGAUUAUCCCUUCAGCGACCAGGCAGUGGAGCUAAUCCCCGUUCAAGUUUAA